AUGGCAGGGAAAGGAGAUCAGCUGGACCAGGAAACCUUCUCUUGUUCGAUCUGUCUGGAUCUACUGAAGGAUCCGGUGACUAUUCCCUGUGGACACAGCUACUGCAUGAGCUGUAUUAGAAACUUCUGGGAUCAACAGGAUGAGAAGAAAAUCCACAGCUGCCCUCAGUGCAGGCAGACCUUCACACCGAGGCCUGUCCUGGGUAAAAACACCAUGUUAACAGCUUUAGUGGAACAGCUGAAGAAGACUGGACUCCAAGCUGCUCCUGCUGAUCACUGCUAUGCUGGACCUGAAGAUGUGGCCUGUGAUUUCUGCAUUGGGAGGAAACUUAAAGCCUUCAAAUCUUGUCUGAAUUGUCCAGCCUCUUAUUGUGAGAAACACCUCCAGCCUCACUAUGAUGUAGCUCCAUUGAAGAAACACAAUCUGGUUGAACCCUCCAAAACACUCAAGAAGAACAUCUGCUCUUGUCAUGAUGAGGUGAUGAAGACUGUCUGCCGUACUGAUCAGCAGAGUAUCUGUUGUCUCUGCUCUGUGGAUGAACAUAAAGGCCAUGACACAGUCUCAGCUGAAGCAGAAAGAACUGAGAGGCAGAGAGAGCUCGAGGUGAGUCGACAAAACAUCCAGCAGAGAAUCCAGGACAGAGAGAAAGAUGUGAAGCUGCUUCAACAGGAGGCGGAGGCCAUCAGUCGCUCUGUUGAUAAAGCAGUGGAGGACAGUGAGAAGAUCUUCACUGAGCUGAUCCAUCUCAUCCAGAAAAGAAGCUCUGAUGUGAAGCAACAGAUCAGAUCCCAGCAGGAAACUGAAGUGAGUCGAGUCAACGAACUUCAGGAGAAGCUGCAGCAGGAGAUCACUGAGCUGAAGAAGAAAGAUGUUGAACUGAAGCAACUCUCAUACACAGAGGAUCACAACCAGUUUCUACAGAACUACCCCUCACUGUCACAACUCAGUGAAGCUACAGGCUCAUCCAGCAUCGAUAUCCGUCCUCUGAGAUACUUUGAGGAUGUGACAGCAGCUGUGUCAGAGCUCAGAGAUAAACUACAGGACAUCCUGACAGAGAAAUGGACAGACAUCUCACUGACAGUCACUGAAGUGGACGUUUUACUGCCACAACCAGAGCCCAAGACCAGAGCUGAGUUCUUAAAAUAUUCAUGUGAAGUCACAGUGGAUCCAAACACUGCACACACACGGCUUUUAUUGUCUGAGGGGAAUAGAAAUGUAAGAAAAAAUAGUAAAAAACAGUGUUAUUCUAGUCACCCAGACAGAUUCAGUGGAUGGACUCAGGUCCUGAGUAGGGAGAGUCUGACUGGACGUUGUUACUGGGAGGUGGAGUGGAGCGGAAAAGGAGUUCGUGUAGCAGUCGCAUACAAGAAUAUCAGCAGAACAGGGAUUAAAUUUGGACACAAUGACAAAUCUUGGGCUUUAGAUUGUGACAAACACACUCAUAAAUUUUGGUUCAACAACAUCUCAACUCCCGUCUCAGGCCCUCGUUCCUCCAUAGUCGGAGUGUACCUGGAUCACACAGCAGGUAUUCUGUCCUUCUACAGCGUCUCUGAAACCACGACUCUCCUCCACAGAGUCCAGACCACAUUCACUCAGCCUCUCUAUGCUGGAGUUUGGCUUUUUGAUUUUGGAGACACAGCUGAGUUCUGUAAACUCAAAUAG